CGUCGCCGGCGUUGCGGUGGUGGCGUCCGUGUGUGUAUUUUUAACCGCGACGCCGUCAGGUCGGGUCCGGCCAGUGCUGUUUGCCAAAGACACUGCUAUGGAUCCGCGAGUUCCGACGAGAACAACGACGGCAACGAGACGGGCGUCUUCGAAGCGGACCACGGAGGCGCCGACCACCAGAUAAACGACGGACGGCGUCGCGACGCAUCAAGUAGAGACAAAGCAAAGAAGUAAAAAGAAAAAAACGGCAACGGGACACACACACACAAGAGACGAGAGCAAAAAAAGAACGGACCCCUAACAACGUCGCAUCGGAAAUAAAACAAAAUCUCGACGUUACGGACGGAGUCGAAGACGGAGAGGUUCUUUUGAAUCGAAUCGAACUGAAUUGUGGGUGCGAAAAGAGCCGAAAGAAGGAAGUACAUUUAUAUUAACGACAUAUAUAUAUAUAUCUAUAUACAUAUAAAUAUAUUAUAAAUAAUAACAGUUAGUGGUUUCAAUGCCUUAUACAUUUUGCCUUAAACAUUGAGAAGGAAACGAAUGAAAACGUAAUAAUUAUUAUUAUUAUUAUAUACACGUUGCAAUUAAUUUUUUAUUUGCGAAGAGAAGGAAUCAUCUAUUUGUGUGUGAGGAGCAGCGAACGAAGGAAACGGAAGUGAUUAGGAUUUUGAUAAUCAAGUGUGCAAUCAUCAUCAUCGGAGAUUAAUUAAAAGAAGAGUGCGAGAAUACAAAGAAGUUCGGAGAAGGAAAUCGCGCGCACCGCCCUUCUUCGUCCCCCACAAACCCUGUCUACUAUAACUAUAUAAAUUCACUAAACACAAUCACACACUAAAUGCCUGUACGCUCUUUCCAUCAUACCCGCAUCCAGAUUUAGCGUUUAUCUCUCUUAUGCCCUCCAAAAUUAAUUAAACUAAUAAUAAAUUAAAACUAACCUAACCCCGUUAACAAUCGUAAAGAACUUUGAGUAAAAAUAGAAGCGAUCAGACGAAGUUAACUAUAUACAACGACCAUAAGUAAUAAUCAAUUAAUUGAUAAUAUAUUGGUUUUAGUGCAGUGAAUCGAAAAGUGCGUGAAAGAAUUUUUGCAAUUUGUUUGGAUUUUUUUUCUCACUUGUUGUUGUAAAGUGCGUGUUUCGCGAGGAGCCGAAUCCUCGAGAUCUCAUCUCAACAUCAAAUAACGAUCGAGGAGGCUCAUAUGACCUACGGUUAUUAUGCCUGUUCGAAGAGGAUUAGUGGCACCGAGGACCACGCUCAUCGAGACAAUCAUCAGGAAGUUCGACACCGACAAUCGUUCGUUUUUGGUGGCGAACACACGCGAAGGACAAUGCCACAUAAUCUACUGCUCGGAUGGCUUUUGCCGUCUGACAGGAUACUCACGGGCGGAAGUUAUGCAACGACCUGCCUCCUGCGAGUUCCUGUGCGGCCCAUUGACGUCCCAGCAAUCGGUCGCAGGACUCCGCGAGGCCCUCACCGAAGGCAUCGAAAAGCACGCCGAAAUCUUAUAUUACAGGAAAGAUGGUUCAAAGUUCCUAUGUUCCGAGGUGAUAGCCCCCAUCAGAAGCGACGUGGAUGACAUCAGUUUAAUCAUAAUCAAUUUCGAGGAUCUGACGGCGGCGCCAUCCGCAUCUUUGGAGAACAGCCCAGUCGGCAAACCAAGAUUGAGCAAAUUUGACAGGGCGAGAGCUUCGUUCCGGCACAGCCUCAGGCUCGGCUCGAAUUUGCGCGGCAGAGGACUCCGGAUCGCCGGUUAUCUGACACCUCCGAGUGACGUAACUGCUGCCGAAGAAGAGGCCGACACAUUGGAACAAUGUCCGUUGACGUCGAACUCUCCUACGCCGAUCUUGGAGCAGACGUGGGUAUCAAAAGCUGAUGCACCGCCGAUGGCAACGGGUCCCUCUUGCAUGGGACCCUCCGGCGGCGUGGCGCACACCACCAUCCCCAUUCCGCAGGCCAGGGAAUACGCGGCGCUUACCAUCUCUCACAGCGCCCCAGCAAGUCACCAAGCAUCCUUCGAGAGAGGGGAGAGCGUCGAACGAGGGCGACAACAUCACAACACCAGGCAGCUGACCCCCAACAGAGUGGCCCACGCAACCAGUUUAGAUGCAAUAGCUAGAAGACAAUGUUUCAAAACUGGAUUCCCAACGGUUCAUCCUUCACAAAAGCCUUAUUUAUCAAAGCAAUUUCCCAACGUGUCGUCUGAAAGUGACCUACAGAGGUACAAGACUGCUUUUACAUCGCACGAUCGGAAAAGCCCCAGCCUGAGCAACCCCACGACGGAUUCGAUGAAGCAAAAAUUUUCGCUGCAAGAUAAUGGGUCAGCGAAAUAUUUCCAAAGUGGACUUCACACUCCAAAAAUGGGAGAAAAAGUAGCUCAGGUUUUGAAUUUGGGUGCCGAUGUGUUACCGGAGUACAAGCUUCAGAAUCCCAGGAUCCACGACUGGACGAUCCUGCAUUACUCGCCGUUCAAGGCGGUAUGGGAUUGGAUCAUUCUGAUCCUGGUGAUGUACACGGCCAUCUUCACGCCGUACGUCGCCGCUUUCCUCCUCAACGAACCGGACUCCAGGUCCAAAUCGAAGAAGUACGGCGACGAUCCGAUCGUCAUCAUAGAUUUAAUAGUGGACGUGACUUUUAUAGUUGAUAUACUUAUAAAUUUCCGCACCACUUAUGUGAGCGGAAAUGACGAGGUCGUCUCGCAUCCAGCCAGGAUUGCAGUGCACUACUUGAAAGGCUGGUUCCUCAUCGAUCUAGUCGCCGCGAUACCUUUCGAUCUUUUGUUGUACAACAGCGACACCGACGAGUUGGGCUUGGACAAAGACGAGACGACCACUUUAAUAGGGUUACUAAAAACAGCCCGUCUGCUUCGUUUAGUCCGUGUAGCCAGGAAAAUAGACAGAUACAGCGAGUAUGGUGCGGCCGUACUGUUAUUACUUAUGGCCACAUUUGCUCUUAUAGCUCAUUGGUUAGCAUGUAUAUGGUACGCCAUCGGAAAUGCGGAACGUCCUCUGAUGAACUUCGGGUGGCUUCACAUCUUGGCGAACGACACCCAGCAAUAUUACAUGCCGAACGACACCGGAGGACCAUCGAUACGAAGCCGAUACGUGACUGCCCUCUAUUUCACCUUCACCUCACUGACGAGCGUCGGAUUUGGCAACGUGGCACCGAACACGGACGCCGAGAAAAUAUUCACGAUAUGCGUCAUGCUCGUUGGAUCCCUUAUGUACGCCAGUAUAUUUGGAAACGUUUCCGCCAUCAUCCAAAGAUUGUACUCGGGGACGGCAAGGUACCAUACUCAGAUGCUGAGGGUUCGAGAAUUCAUCCGGUUCCACCAGAUUCCCAAUCCCUUGCGUCAAAGAUUAGAAGAGUACUUCCAACACGCAUGGACUUAUACGAACGGAAUUGAUAUGAAUAGUGUUUUGAAAGGAUUCCCUGAGUGCCUACAGGCGGAUAUAUGCCUGCAUUUAAAUAGAAACUUAUUGCAGAAUUGUUCUGUCUUCGAUGGAGCGAGUCCUGGCUGUCUUCGUGCGUUGACAUUGAAGUUUAAAACAACGCACGCGCCACCUGGAGACACCCUGGUGCAUCGAGGGGAUGUACUGAAUUCGCUAUAUUUCAUUUCACGAGGAUCCAUCGAAAUACUUCGAGACGACAUCGUGAUGGCGAUCCUCGGAAAGUUCGAUAUAUUUGGUGAGAAUCCAUGCGCCCACGCAACGCUAGGCAAAUCUAAAUGCAAUGUACGAGCCCUCACCUACUGCGAUUUACACAAGAUCCAUCGCGAUGACCUUCUCGACGUCCUUGAAUUAUACCCAGAGUUCUAUUCUCAGUUCAUGAACAACCUAGAGAUCACAUUUGAUUUACGCGACAACGAUCAAGCUGGAGUCGUUCCGAAAACGCAUUACUACGGACGCGUGCAAUCGCAGGAACGAGAAAGCCGCUACUUCAGGACAACGCAUUCCCGUUCGAACGGCCACUCGAGUCGCGGGAAUUCCGUAAACGGAAGGCAGGAGUCUCAGUGCAGCGAAGAGUCUGAAUCCGGUCAUGGAAUCUUAGAAUUUUCUACAGAAAAAGCCGGUCAGGAUGUAACGCCCGUAAACCUGGAGUACGGCGACGAGAAGCGCAGAUCAACUACGUUAAACUCGAUCACCGGCAUGCUUUCACAACUCAAACGAAGUAUCCCAGAUUUAAGGUUACAUAAAACCACCCACCAGCCUCUGAUAGCACAUUCGACGCCGCCCUCCACUCAUAGGAUCCGAACCAUUCGUCGCCAGUCGUCAGUGGGGGCGUAUCACGACAACGCAGCGGCCCCGCCCUCCGCCCAUCAGCAGCAGCAGAACCAAGCCCCUCUGUCUAGUAGUACCAGCUACUACACGAACAGCCCUAGUCCACCGCAUCAGCAGCAGGGCGAAGAGUACCUGCAGCAGCAGCAGCAACCUCAAUCAGAGUCAGAGGAGUCGCAGCAGCAGCAGCUGUCGCAUCAGUGCAACUCCGGCCCCCAAUGUUUGACACAUUCCAAUCAAUCCCAUUCUGAUAUUAUAGUUUUAAGUAGGAACCAAUAUGAAAUUAUGAACGGCCGCUUGGAACAGUUGUCGCGUCAAGUUGAAAGGCUCGAGCAGACGCUGACCUCGGAUGUGCGACUCAUACUCAGCAUGCUUCAGGGGGGAGGAGCCGGCGCUACGAAAUCGACCAAGGAGAUUCCGGAUUACGAGAACGUAUCGAUAGAUCCGAAUCGGACGAGGUUCAUAUUCCAGAGGUCCGUGAGCGAACCAAAGCCCAUCUCCUCGAAAACGACACAACAUUCCCAGCAAACAAUGCACAGGUUCGCCUCGUUCAACAGGGCGUUCGAUUUCGAUAAACCCUCUGACCCGUGGACCGAAGAAACGGCCUUCAAAGAGAGCGAAACCUUCAAAAGCACGAACGGAGACGAAGAAAAGACAGCCCCGAUCGCGAAAUUGGAAUCCCUCGACGAAUUGGAUCUGGAAUCUCCACUGUCCAGUCCGAAGAUACCGAAGAAAUAGGAAGAUCGAUUUCACCAUGAACAAACAAAAAUCCCUCCUCCCACUCCAACUUGCAUCAUCACAUACGUUUGCGUACUGCUUCGAAAGCACAAAAAGAAUCUCACAACCCUAAUUUUAUACUUCAUCAAUUAUUAUACGUUCGUUUUUAAUUUCUUAACGGAGAAGGACAACAACAACAAAAUAAAAACUAAAUGAUAAUCGCGCAAAAGCUUUUGAAAACCUAGUUAUGGGUUUUUAGUGAAGUGAGUUUGGAAAAGAUUAUGUUUAGGGAAUAGUUUUUAGACCCGACCAACAGAGUAUAAAUAACGUUAUAGAAAGGGAAUUACAGAAGAUAUGAAAUAUAAAUUUUUACAUUACAUUAAGGAACGUGGAAAACGAAAAGUGAUUGCUUCAUAGACUGUUCGUUGAUAAUUAUAGUCGUUUUUUGGGCAGAAAUAAAAAUUCCAAAAAGAAAAAAGGAUGACACUAAUAAAUAACUAGCGAGCUAAAUUUAUUAAAUUAAAUCACAAUUAUUUUCUUUUCUCUAUCACUCUUUUUCAUGUUUAUAAUUUUUUUUGAUGUGCGACAAUUGAUCGUGAUAUUAAACAUAUCUUGGAUUGAAUUAGGUUAUGUUCAGGUUUGAUACGAUUACAAUUUAAUUGGACCAAUUAGCUUCGAUCCGUAACUCCUCCCACAAACAUAGCCAACUUGUUUUUUUUGUUAAUUUCUCCUUAUUUCGCUUAAAACAUCUAUCGUAUAUAAAAAAUAAUACAAUAUAAACGAAGUGUCUUAUUGUAAGGGAAGUUAUUUAUUAGUGUUAAAUGAGAGAAUUAAUAAAAAUGGUCGCAGCUUUUAUUGGGCAAGCGGGAAUUUAAAAAAAAAGAAGAAGAAGGAAAUACAGUUUUUGGUAUUCGGUAAAAUAAUUUAUAUACCC